AUGUCUAUACCGAUACCGACAGCAUACACAAACACAUUACGUGCCCUACCAGACCGAGCGCAUAUUCUUCACCUGUAUCGAGGGUUCCUACGUGCUGGUUCCAAAUUUUCAAACUACAAUUUCCGUGAUUAUGUGAAACGUCGCGCACGGGAUCAGUUUCGUAUGCAUAAGAACGAGACGGACCCACAUAAAAUUAUGGAACGUGUUAAAAAGGCUGAGAAAGAGUUGUUGGUAUGGCAGCGGCAAGGAUAUCUGAAUAGUUUGUAUCGUGUUGAUCCGUUAGUGAUUGAGAGCGAGGAAAAGAAUAUACGAAAGGAUAAGAAUAAAAUAUUGUUACGUGGACAGAAUUGA